UUAGUUCCAAGGUCCACACCCCUCAUCAUGGGCCGGUCCUGUGGAUCAGACCUUACGAAGCCGUACAGUGUCCCACCAAAACUAGCUCAAGCACUGGACACUAAAGAAACGACUUUCUUACUCCCCCGCUCUUCGAUCCUGUUUGAAGAGCAUCAUCUAGUUCCUUAAAUCCCCUCCUGAAUACCCAAAAUCUGUUUCCAACAUGCCAAUUCACAACGUCGCCAUUGUCGGAGCAGAUGGCGAGCUCGGUCCAUCAGUCCUCAAGGCCCUGGCGUCAUCAGGACAUUUCAACGUCACGGUCCUGAAGCGCAAAUCUUCCACUUCAAAUUCGACCUAUCCACAGUCAGUCCAGACGGUGUUUAUCUCGGACGAUUUCCCCGCCGAUGAGCUUGUCGCAGCGCUCAAAGGUAUAGACGCAGUCGUGGUCACCGUCAAUGGCACCCUGGCCGAUCUCCAGAAGCGUAUCGCGGACGCCGCCGUCACGGCUGGCGUGAAGCACUUCAUACCGGCCGACUUUGGCAGCUGCGAUUCCCAGGAUCAGCUGACCCGCGACCUUGUGCCGCUCUACCAGAGAAAGGCGGAUGUGCGGGAGUAUCUACGGCAGCUGGCAUCUCGCCAUGAGAAUUUCUCCUGGACUGGUAUAGUCUGCGGGCAUUUCUUCCAUGCUGAGGCCCUGAGGUUCAUGCAUAUCGAUAUAAGAUCAUGCACAGCGGAAGUAUUGGAUGACGGAGAGACGCGCUGCUCCGCUAGUACGCUGCCGCAAGUUGGCGCUGCCGUGGUGAAAGUGUUGGAGAAGUCGGGAGCGGAAGAGAUCAAGAACAAGGUCAUUUACAUUCAGAGCUUCUGUGCAACGCAGAUGGAGGUUGUGAGAGCAUUUGAACGGGCGACGGGCCAGUCCUGGAAGGUGAAUCGUACCGACCCUCAAUCCUUUGUAAAGGAGGAAAAGGCCAAGGCAGAUGCCAAUGGGAUUGUAGGGUCAGAGGAAUUGGUCUGGGUCCUGGGCACAUUACACGCAGACUGGGAGAAAAAGGAAGAGUUUGUGAAUAAAUUUUUGGGAUUAGAUGAAGAAGAUUUGGAUAAGGUUGUUGCCGGAUUUGUGGCUUAACAUGGCAUAGAUCACUUGGUUACAUAGGAAGACUGGUUCAUUUUCCUUGCGUUCACACUCCAUACGGUCUCAUAAUAAUCAUAGCUACAUAGACAUAUGACCUAUGUGCAAUUCUUUCCGGG